GCCUCCAGCUCAGGGCUGUCCAUGUGAGAAGUGAAUCUGAGAAGAGAAGGGCAGACACUUAAAGAGAGAGAAGAGAUUCCCACAGAGCAUGGCCGCUGCCAAAGAAGAUGGUGUGGAUGAAAGAACGAUGGACAUUAAAGAAGAGGACUGUGAGCGGCUCACACCAGAGGAUGUGUGUGUGAAGCUGGAGGAUCACGAAGAAAGAAUUUCAGUUUUUAAAGAGGAGGAGGAGUGCAAGGGGGUGACUGCUGCCAUUAAAGCUGAGGAUUUGAAUGAUUUCUCAGUUGGUCUUGAACUUCAAAAGUAUGAAACUAAGGAUAUUUUCAAGCAAGAUGCCUGUGAAGAAUCUCCAUCCAGUUUACAGCCCUGGUCCACUAAUACGGGACGACUGGCUACACAGGAGAAUUCUGUAGAGCUGAAAUCAGAGUUAUCAGAGUCUGAAGAGAAAAUCACUGAGGGAAAUGGGAGAGAAGGAGAAGAGUCACCUGGGAAUGUUGGAAUAAAUUUACAGAAGAAUGGCAGCUUCUCUCCACCUUUAUUUGGUCAGCCGUCUCUUCAGUACAAAGAGAAAGAUACGAAGAAAUCAGCAAGAGGAUCAGAGAACCUGACAGCAGCCUUUUUGCAGUGCAGUUCUCUCCCUGCUUCUGUUCUAACACAGACAGAAGCCAUCAAAACUGAUCGACAGCAAGGUGAGAAAAAAGUCCGGAUUCACACUGGUAAAAAUUGUUGCUUAGAAUGUGGAAAACAAUUCACACAGAAAGGUGAUCUUAAUAAGCAUAUGAGGAUUCACACUGGAGAAAAACCAUAUUGUUGUCAUGAAUGUGGUAAGUCGUUCUCAACGAGAAGCGAUCUUCAUAGACACAGAAGAAUCCACACAGCAGAAAAAUCACAUUGCUGUUCAGAAUGUGAUAAGUCUUUCUCAUGUAUAAACUAUCUUCAGAAGCACAGAAAAAUCCACACAGGAGAAAAACCUCAUUGUUGUCAUGAAUGUGGUAAGUCGUUCUCAAGGAGAAGCAGUCUUAAGAGACACAGAAGAAUCCACACAGGAGAAAAACCUCAUUGCUGUCAACAAUGUGGUAAGUUGUUCUCAUGCAAAGGCAAUCUGCAGAAACACAGAAGAAUUCACACAGCAGAAUAACCUAAUUUCUGUUCAGAUGGCGCCAAACAAUUUUCUGACAAAUGCAGUUUUCAAAGGCCCACAGAAAUUGACACUGGAGAGAAGCCAUAUUGUUGUUCUCAAUGUGGAAAAAGGUUUUAAACAUUAGCUCUUUUAAAGUAAACUCACAAACUCCGACUAAAGUGAAAAUGCAGUAUGUGUGUUCUGAAUGUGUCAAAUGUUUUACAAGCCCAAAAGGUCUUUAUCCACAUGCCAAAAUCAAUACUGAAGAAAAAUAUCAUUGCUGUUCUGAAUGUAAGAAACGAUACUUAGAUUUAAGCACACUUCUGUGCCACCUCAGCACUCAUACUGGAGAUAAAAACCUUAUUGUUGUCCUGAAUGUGAUAAGCAGUUCUCACAACAAACCACCAUAAAAAGUCACAUCAGACGUCACGCCGGAGAGAAACCUCACAUUUGCUUGGAAUGUGACAAACAAUUCUCACACCUUAAUGCUCUGUAUAAGCAUACGAAAACUUAUUGUAAAAUAAGCCUUACAGUUGUACUGAAUGUGGAAUGCCAUUCUCAUAUAACAAUUCUUUUCACAAUCAUAAAAUAAUUCAUUGUAAUAAGAAACAAAGUUGUUCUGACGGCAUAAUAAUUUACUCGACUUUCAACAAAAAAGUUAACAGUGGUAUGUGUUUCAUUUUCAAGGAACAUCUGAGUACUGGGGUGUUUUCCUAAUAAAGAUUUUUAGUGAAGCAGUAUUUAGCUGUAUGAAAUUAAAUCAAAUGUGAAAAACUGGCUAUGCACAAAUGUCGGUCCCCUUGUAACUUUGCUGACCUGAAUGCCUGUCGCUGCUCAAUUCUGAUUACUUGCAACACCAAAUUGGUUGGAUUAGCUUGUUAAGCCUUGAACUUCAUAGACCGGUGUGUCCAAU